AUGUUCAGAACACCAUGGGUGUGCCGAGGUCGUAUCAAGGCACUGGCACGGCCAUUGAGCCGGCAGGUCCUCCGAUCAGCUAGCACUGAUGCGCCUAGCAGCAACCUUCCCCUGGUGCUGCUGCAACGCGCGCGCAACAUUGCGACCGAGCACGACCGGCUAUCGACUGCGCUCGAGACUGAAUUCGACACCAAGACAGCCAAGCGGGUGGGCGAGCUGUCACGCGUCGCAGCAGCCCUAAAAGAAUGGGAAUCAGCUCAGUCGUCCAUCGCCGAGCUCACAACGCUCCUGCAGUCGAAAGAUGAAGAGCUGCGCCAGCUGGCCCAAGACGAGCUUUCCUCAACGCACGCGAACCUCGACACACUAGCAAACGCCCUCUCUACAUCGCUCACCCCCCGCGAUCCCUUCGCCGACAUGCCAUGCCUCCUCGAGAUCCGCCCGGGUCCCGGCGGUAUGGAGGGCCGCUACUUCGCCGACGCCGUCUUCCGUAUGUACCGCCAGUACUGCUCCCGCAUGGGCCUGCGCGCGAAUGUCCUAAAAUAUGAGGUUGUUGACGGCGACGAGGCCAUGGGCGCCUCGAGCGAGUCCCCGUUGCAGGAAGCUGUGCUGGAAGUUCUAGACGCCGGCGCCUACGACACGUUCCGCGGCGAGGCGGGCAUGCACCGCGUCCAGCGCAUACCGUCGACCGAAAAGUCAGGCCGAGUGCAUACCAGCGCUGUCGCCGUAUGGGUCCUGCCCUCGUUCCCCGAGAAUGAUAGCGACAUGACGGCCCAGAACUUCAACGACCCCGACAGUCUUUUCUACGUCGACCCCAAGGAGGUCAAGGUAGAGAAGAUGCGCGCUGGAGGUGCCGGUGGCCAGCAUGUCAACAAGACAGAAAGCGCCAUCAGGCUCACCCACGAGCCGACCGGAAUCUCCGUAUCAAUGCAGGACUCGAGGUCUCAACAUCAGAACCGCGACUCUGCCUGGACACUGCUCAGGUCGCGGCUAGCCCAGAAGAAGAGGGAAGCGAGAGAAGAGGAGGCCUGGGCGCUGAGGAACAGCGUCUUAAGCAAGGACAAGAUCACCAGAGGUGACAAGAUCAGGACAUACAACUACAGUCAGGAUCGGUGUACAGACCACAGAAGCGGUCUGGAUGUGCACAACAUAGCCGACGUUCUUGCGGGCGGCGAGAACUUGGUCAAGGUCAUGGAGAGCACGAAAGAAUGGCUGGUUGGGAGAGCCAUCGAGGCUCUGUUGGCAGAAGAGGAAGCUGCUGCUGCCAUCGCAGCCAAGGAAGCGAAAAAGUCGAAGAGAUAA